CUUCCAAUCCACCCGGCCGUUCAUAUAGGAUAGUGAGACAGUGAUAUAGUGACCCACAUGACCCAAUAUGUCUUGUUUUUUUGUUAUGUAGGCGUGGCCGAAUCUCCCGCCUACCCUACCAACCCCAGUUGGAAUGAGUCAGGGAGGAUCCCUACUGGAGAUGCCCCUGUCUCGAACUAGGAGUUUACUAUCUACCAGUUCUGAUACUGCUUACCUCCCAACUAUACAGGAUUCUCAUCUGCCGCCGUUAAAAUCUAAACUGUUCUCGGGUUCAAGCAUAAUCCUGGAUAAUAGUGACGCCAUGUCGGUCAACGGCAGCAUCGUUAGUAACGGCAGUUCAACGAACAUCUCGUCAAACGGUCUCAAUUCCAAUUUGUCGAACGGACACUCUAACGGAGUUCAUAUUAACGGUAUGUCUACGUUACCGUUGAUGAGACCAACGACAAGUGAAAGUACGAGAACCUCAGGGAUAGAAAGCCCAAAGACAGACUCACCACAGCUUAACGGCUCGACAACCUCAUUGAAACCGAAGACGAUGGUGGCAUCACCCGACCAGGUGAUGAAGCUGUACAUGAACAAGUUGACACCCUACGAACAUCACGAGAUCUUUAACUAUCCUCAAAUAUACUUUAUCGGCGCUAACGCCAAAAAACGGCCGGGGAUAAUCGGCGGACCAAACAAUUGUGGAUACGACGACGAUCAGGGAUCCUACACACACAUACCCCACGAUCAUAUUGCCUACAGAUACGAGAUCCUCAAAGUGAUCGGCAAAGGAUCGUUCGGACAAGUUCUUAAAGUUUACGAUCACAAAACACAUCAACACGUAGCACUUAAAAUGGUGAGAAAUGAGAAGAGGUUCCACCGCCAGGCCCAAGAAGAGAUCAGAAUCCUGGACCAUCUCAAGAAACAAGACAAGGACAACACCUGUAAUAUCAUUCAUAUGUUCGAUAACUUUAACUUCAGAUCCCACACGUGUAUAACCUUCGAGCUUCUCUCUAUAAACCUCUACGAACUAAUUAAAAAGAACAAAUUCCAAGGAUUCAGUUUGCAACUUGUAAGAAAAUUCGCACACAGCCUUCUGCAGUGUCUAGAUACUCUGUUCAGGAAUAAAAUUAUUCACUGUGAUAUGAAGCCUGAGAACGUAUUGCUGAAACAGCAGGGUAGAUCUGGGAUUAAGGUGAUAGAUUUUGGAUCAAGUUGUUACGAGCACCAGCGAGUUUACACCUAUAUCCAGAGUAGGUUCUACAGAGCCCCUGAAGUUAUCUUGGGGGCUAAAUACGGGAUGCCCAUUGAUAUGUGGUCAUUAGGUUGUAUACUUUGUGAGCUGUUGACAGGGUACCCUUUACUGCCUGGAGAAGAUGAAGGGGAUCAGUUGUCGUGUAUAAUAGAGCUCCUGGGCAUGCCUCCGCAGAAGCUUCUAGACCAAUCAAAACGGGCAAAAAAUUUUAUCUCAUCAAAAGGAUAUCCCCGCUACUGCACCGCCUCGAGUUUAGCGGACGGAACAACGGUGUUGAACGGCGGUAGAUCCCGCCGAGGAAAACCAAGAGGACCGCCGGGCUCUAGGGAGCUUCAAACAGCCCUUAAGGGCUGCGACGAUCAACUCUUCCUUGACUUUAUCCGCCGUUGCCUAGAGUGGGAUCCCACCACGAGAAUGACGCCAACGGCGGCGUUGCGUCACGCCUGGUUACGCCGGCGGUUGCCCAGACCUCCCCUGGAGACUGGAGAAAGUCCAUCUGGAACUCUCCGCACCACGAACUCCAGUAGCUCGAGAAACUCCAGCAAGAUGAACACUAUCGCUGGUUCAGCCAAGAUCAGGGUCAACGAGGAUGGAGGACCAAACACUAUUCAUAGCAGGCAUCAGACAACUAAACUACCCCAGAUUCCGAAUAGUAUUGCGUAGACAGCUGGGGGAUGUUAUCAGGUUCUCUCAUUUAGAUUAGACAGCUAGACAUCACAGUAACACAGCGAGAAGACAGCGAGAAUAAUGUCAACAGCUGAAAAUACACAGUUUUGCGCAUUACAAUGUAUAUGUGCACUAUGUACUAUCUAUAUCUCCUUUCAUUUUGCGUCGGGAAAAAGACGACUUUUCUCACAAGUCCUUGCUGUUUAACUGUAGCUAAGGCUGUCUCUAAUCAAUCUCAACUUAGCCAAAGCACGAUAAUCUUACAGCACCAACUCCAAUCGUCUUCUAACCUUGGGUGGACGAACACUAUGGAUGGAGGACGAAAAGCUGCAGGGUCGGCAGGUCGUCAGAAACCGGUCUUUCCAGGCCGGGUACAACUCCUCACUCAAAAGGAAGAUCUCAGAAAACUCCAAAGCGCUCAAAAAAAUAUUUUGUGAUCCUAGUUUGGUCAGAAAAUGGUCUGUGGGCGGCCAUUUUGUAGUCCCUUUACCUGGAUCGGUAGACCAGUGCCGCGUUGAAAAAUGCGGAAAUCACCGAAGAAAAAAAAAGGCGGUAAAUGACUUGGUCUCAACUAUUAGCAAUGUUAUUGUUCACGCUUCGCCUGAGCAAUUUCUACGCAGUAGGGCUUGGUCCAAGUUAUUGCAAACUGCAUGCAUGAUAACAUCACAUAGACAAUACAGUGAAAGUGCAGAUAAAGGUCAAGGGUUUGGCCAAAAUAUAAAAUAAUGGCCUCCCAGUCAUUUUAGUGGUUUAGCAUAAAUAUUUAGAAUAGUUAUUACAAGGAAGAAAUCCUGAAUCCCGUUGUUGAUCCCGAGGAUCCUAGGCGGGAUUUGAACUGACAUAUCCCGAAGCCGGGGGAACGCAAUUACUGAACCUAGUCAAGCCAGACCCCGGGCAUGAUAUCCCGCAAAAUUCUUCACGCAAUCAAUUUACUUAAGUUACAUACAGAUUAAACAAUUUACAUUAAUUGUAAAAUAUUUUUGCAUAGUUUUGUUGUGUACUAUUAUCCUGUACAUAAAUUGUGGAUUUUGUGUAAUUGGUGUCAACGUCAGCUGUACAUAUGUACUUAUAAAAGUGGUACAACGUAAUUUAUUAUGAAUUUAUACAAUUUACAAUUUGUGUACAUGGUUUGUUGUACAUGUAUGUCAUAUACCAAUACGAUCUGAUGAUGUUUCUAACUCUAUUUGGUCUCAAUUUUGUUUUCAACUCUACUGCCAGAAAGCUGACGAAUAUCCAUGACUUUUAAGCCUAAGUUUUUUUUAUGAAUUUUAUAAAAUCAACUUUUAAUAAUUUUAUUUAUUUUUGAAAAAACAACACUCUCCCUUUUCUUACAUUUUUAAGUGCAAUAUAUCUUAUCAAAUAUUUAAAACCAACAAUUUGAAAAUGGCCGGCUAAAGGGCAGGGUGUCAUCUGUUUAGUGCUUUUCUAUAGUUUUGUCUAAAAAACAUCCCCUGACCGGCCCAAAAUUCUUGGAACUAGCUAAAAUUCUAAACUGAUUGUAUUCCUACCUUUAUAUUAAACAAUUGUAUAUGUCAUGUGCGUUGUAUACUCAACUAUAUAUUGUAUAAGGACCGAGCUAAGUUUAUUGUGUACAUGUUGCGUUCACAUGUACACAAUAUAAAGAAUGUUAUACUGGAUGAACUUUGACCGUGUUAGCUAAAUGUGUAAAAAUGCUCGACAUUUUGAUAUUAAAAUUGGAACUUUU